AUGGCAACUUUGAAUCCUCUAGCGCAAGAAUGGAGGCCACAAGGCCAUUCUUCUUGUUCUUCUCUCUUUACCUAUCUAAAAAUAGGUCACGUCAACAUACUGCCGGCGCCGGCGCCGGUGGUCGGAUUUCCUGCCGCCGAGGGGUUGGCGCCACAGUGGCAUCAAUUUUAUCAUGUACCGUACGAUCAUUUCUCUCUGCACCAGUCUCAGCGUGACGGCGGCCCUGCCGCCGUGAAAAAGGCUUCGCCGCCGCCAUCCACCCGACGGAGAGACUUGAAGAAAGUGGCUCUACUACCUCCCAGGCUGAGGGCGGCGGAGAAGAGUAAAAUCUGGAGACGAAAGGUGAAGCCCGAAAUCGGAGUUUCCGCCGCCGACAGAGGUGGUUCAUCGUCUCCGGUGUCUGGUAAAACCACCGUCAUGAUCAGGAACAUCCCCAAUCAAUAUCAGAGGGAUAGCUUUAUGGCAUUUCUUGAUGAGUAUUGCCUGGAGAGCCACCUGCAGUAUGAUUUCCUUUACCUCCCAAUGGAUUUUAAGACAAACAACAAUGUUGGAUAUGCGUUUGUGAACUUCACUACUGCAUCUGCUGCUGCGAAGAUCCGGGAGAGGCUUCAGAACCAUGCUUGGGGAGUUUUGAGAACUCCAAAUGGUUAUUUCACUUCUAAGAAGAUCUGUGUUGUUGCCUGGGCUAGAAUCCAGGGUAGAAAGGAGCUUGUUAAGCAUUUCCAGAAAUCCAAUUUUAUCUGCUCCACGCCGGACUUCCUGCCGGCGGUGUUUUCUCCACCCCGGAAUGGUUUGCCUAAUUGUUCUGAACCGAAGCCCAUUGGAAACCUGAUGGGUAAUGUUCGCUCUCCGAGUAAGGCCUGA